AUGAUUCUGUGCAAAGUGCAGGAGAUGCUUCUGGAAGCCGUGGACCGCAGGACCGGAGCUGCCUACCUGGGAAGUGGGCUCUCUGUGCUACUCCUGUUGCCAUUAGAAGCUGCAGCCCAGAACUCUGGAGGCUGUGCCCAGUGGUGCCCUUCCAGUUCCUCAUGUGUCAAUGCCACCACCUGUCGCUGCAAGCUGGGUUUCAUCUCUUCGUCUGAGAUUUUUACGAGCCCUGUGGAAACCUGUGACAACAUCAACGAGUGUGUGCCACCCUCAAAUGUGUCAUGCGGGAAAUUCGCAGACCGUCGGAACACGGACAGGAGCUACUACUGCGUGUGCAGACCAGGAUGCAGGCUCAUUUCUGGGGCAAAAUCAUUCAAGAAUGAGAGUGAGAACACAGGGAAGUCAGCUGGGCAGAAGAGAAGGCUUCAGACAUUUUCAGAUGUGGACAAGUGCAGCUCCGGGCAGCAUCGGUGCCUCCACUCCACCAUCUGUGUCAACAUCGUGGGCUCCUACAUAUGCUGCUGUGGCCCAGGCUGGAAGCCCAAACCUGGGCUCCAGAAUAACAACACAACUGUCUGUGAAGAGGUGCUCUUCCCCACCUGGACCCCACCCACUGGAAUCAGCAGUCAGAGUCUCUCCCGCUUUUUUGACAAACUCCAAAAUCUAAGCAGAGACGUGAGUUCAUCCUCGGUCCAGACCACCGUUGAG